UCAUGCCAUCAUCACGAAGCUGGGAAGAAAAGGUGGAAAGAGACGUCCGUUCAACACCGUGGGAUUCACAUUUCUGGAAUGCAAAGAUGAUAUAUCUCUGUUGAGCAAGUGGCUGGACGAUGAUCUGACUUACCUGCAGCAUAUGAUGACUGCAGAGAUCCUCUCCAGAUGUAACAUUGUCCAGCAGCUGACCAUAAACACAAGAGCGAAGCAUCUGAGUUGUUGAACCCGAGCUUUAUGCACAUGCAGCCUGCUCUUCAACAAGAUCGCAACGGCGACCUAUAUUCCGAGCCAAGACAUACAACAAUGGCGAAAACAAGCGAUCAGAAAAUGGUCAAAGCAUUCGGCUUUCGAUUUCAGAACCAAACCAGGACAGUAGUCAAGAAGUCUCGCUCUCAGAGUACACAGGAGGUGUCCAGUACAAGCGAGAUCAAGACUUAUACUCUCGGACACAGCAGCUUUUCCUACAGGAUAGAACUGCAUUGGUCUAUGAGCACGUUGAGUCCUAUGGUCUAUGCCCUCGUUGUCCGUCAUGUGCUAUAUGCAGAUAAAGACAGAAAGCUAGUGGAUAAGAUGUUGAGAAUUAUGUCCUAUAGAGACUUGCCAGCACUGCAAGACUUACUGUCCACCAGAACAAUCACUUUAGGCACCACGCUUGGGGAUAGGACGCUCUUUGAGCCAGCCGUCUCUUUGCCGCUUCCUCGCCCAACAAAAUCUUGAGUUAUGCCUAGAUGAAAACAUCUGUAGGCCGGAUCACUGGGCCGGGCUGAUGGUUGAUAUGUCUUCUAAUAACCGGCGCCGUCUUCUUGAAACGGAUGAAGUUGUCCAACUUACACAAGUAUCCAAGC